AUUCGUAGAUCUAGUUCUUUCAAACUUGGGUGUGAUUGUGCGAAAAGAAAACAACCAAGAACUUAAACUAUAAUCAAUAAUCUAAUUACUAUUAGAUCUGGAUCUAGUUAAGAUCUGAUUGAAUAAAUUACUUAUAGAUCCAGAUAUCUACUACGACAAAUAUGGCACCAAGGGCAUUUUUACCCACAGACACCGUAGAUAGUUUUAGAUUUUUAUUACAACAAUUUGAAAGAGAAAUCACCGAUGUUUUCAGCGAUAUCAAGGAAGUGUUUGCUGUAAUCGGCGUUUUCUAUGCGGCUAAAAAAACAAUAACAGUAGCAGGAACUAUUUUAGAUGCCGUUCGAGUUCAUUUGUUACCCGAAAAAAGAAUUGAUUGGGUUGAAAAAUUUGGUCCAUGGGCUGUUGUGACAGGUAGCAGUGAAGGAAUUGGACACGCUUAUGCUUAUGAACUUGCCAAAAGGGGACUUAACGUUGUACUAAUUAGCCGUAGUGAGAGUAAACUACUGAAGGCAAAAGCUGAUAUUGAACUGGACUGCAAAGUUAAAGUAGAGUACAUAGUGGCAGAUUUCUCUAGUGAAAAUCAGACACAAUUGUAUAGCAAUAUUGCAGAAAAGUUGUCUGACAAACAAAUAGGUUUACUAGUAAAUAAUGUUGGCGUUAUGUAUGACUAUCCUGAUGUCUUGUUGAACAUCUCACAACAAAAGCUGUGGCAGCUCAUUUAUGUCAACAUAGGAGCUGCAACUAUGAUGACUUAUAUGCUGCUGCCUGAGAUGGUUAAAAGAAAAAAAGGUGGUGUAGUUGUCGUCUCAUCAGGGUCUUCUACCCACAUCAGCCCACAAAUGACAGUCUAUUCAGCUACCAAGAGAUAUCUGGACUACUUUAUACAUGGUUUGGCCUACGAGUAUGGCCAAUCUGGAGUUACCUUCCAGUGUCUGAUUCCAUUCUACACAGCUACUAGGAUGACAGGGUACAGCGAGAGGCUGUCAAAGACGAGGUUUUUAAUACCCAAUGCUGAAGCCUAUGCAAGAAGCGCAGUAUGCACCUUAACAAAAUCAUCCUGUACCACUGGGUAUUUCCCUCAUACUUUACAGCUGUGGAUAUCAAAAUCUCUACCCUCAUGGGUGUGGAUGUGGGCGUCAAAUAAACUGAAUAGUUCACUAAGACGAGAGGCCUUAACAAGACUGUCAAAGAAACUUCCAAAAUCUGAAUCAGGAGUCAUGGAAAGAUAAAUUGUCAACUUUAACAUGUUGAUUGAGAAGGAAACUUUAAAAACAUUUAUCUAAUGACAUGCAAGACUGUCUCCCAGUAGGAAGCUAGCAAAUGUUUACGUAACCAGUGUUUAGACAUAAUGUUUUAAGUAUACCUGCAGUCACCAAAAUUAACAAAUUAUGUUGUGGAGGAUUUACUAGCAUUUUAACAAAUUAUACAAAUAAAUGUUUUUUCCUUCUUAGGUAAAUACAUUUUCUUUUGAUUGAAAUAAUUUUUCAGUGAGUUACACUGUCCAUUGCCAAAACAGCUUGGAAAAAAAAAAAGAACCCAAACAAAUUUGAAAUAUAAAUCAAGAAAAAAAAUACUUUGAAACACUAAAAAUAAUAUUAAAGUGUUUAAACCUGAUUUCUCCUCCAUCACUCAUGAAGCUUUAUGUUUACCAGAGAGUGUUACAUAUGUACAAGUAAAGUCAUACGGCUAACCUAUAGUGAUAACAACCUUACAAUAAAUGGGUUAAGCUACAAAAACCAAAACUUUUACACUUUCCCUCCAGGAAAACUAAACAGUGAUAUAAAAUUUAAUAUAUAAUGUUGAUAUGUACUUUGUUGUUCUAUUUGGAAAAAAAAAAUUAUGUAAACUCAUCCCUAAUACAAUAUUAACUAAGUUUAACAGCUAUCUUAUUAUAACUUUUUUUAAAAAAUUAACUUAAAUAUUCUUAUUAAUGCCCCCAAAGAUUCUAAUAGCCAAAUAUUUUUGUAUUAUUUUUGGCCUACUUCAGGUUUAAUCUUAUUGGUUAAAAAUACUGCUUCCAUUGUCAUCUCUUGAGUUUGAAGCUUAAACCUCUGACAUUGUUUUUUUCUAUUAUUGAGAGUAGAUCUCAGUGUUUCAAGUGCUUUAUUUUUAUCAUGUGGGAAGUAUUUAUACUUUAUUGUGCCAUUAAAACAAAUUUUUAUUUUUUAAGUUUUUAAAAUUUUGUUUCUUUCUUGCUUUGUGAUUUUACAAAUACAAUUAAUAUGUGAUCUC